AUGGAGCGGGAGCAACCUAAGACCGUAGCUUAUGUGGGCUUCAUGCUGGGCGACCGGAUGCUGCACCAGCUGCACACCGUCCGGGGAAAGAUGUUCGUGAUGGGGGAGAUCGCGGAGCAGCUCUUCGACCAGUCCCCGACGUCGUUUCUGCAAGAGCUGCGCGCGGGGCGCUACCCGAAGGUACACGAGACCAGCCGGGCCGUUCUGGCGACGGUCGCGGAGCUCGGGCUGCCCACGGAGAGCACGGGCGGCACCGCCAGCGGCAUCAUGAUGCUCCCCGCCGAGGCCGUGACGGAGCUCCUGGCCGACAAGCGCCGCGCGGACCUCGUCGAGCCCUUUAAGGUGGCGCUGCUCAAGCUGGGCUCGCAGGAGGCGGCGCGGCUGAUGGCCGCGGGGGACUACGAGUCGGCGCUCCCGGUCGCGCUUGACGCGGUGGCGCAGGGGCAGGUUCUGUUCCGGCAAGGGGGCCUCGAGAUGUUCCCGCUGUACCUGCUGGCAGCGCAGGCCAACCUGGGCAUGCGGCGAGAACGGGCGUGCGAGGACCUCCUGAGCCUCGCGUCGCACCUCGCCAACAGCCAGCCGCAGGAAGACAUCACGCCCGUCAUGGCGGCGCAGAAGGCGCGCCUGUGGGGCCAGCUGUACUCGAUGCAGGGCCGCCAGCGCGAGGCUCUGCAGAGCUUCGCGGAGGACGUGUACAACUGCUCGCUCGCGUACGGCCCGAGCGACAUCCGGACCUCGCUCGGAUUCUACAACAUCGGCAAGGCGCUCCUGGCGCUGGGCGAGCGCGAGAAGUCGCUGGCGAACCACGACCAGGCGGGGACGAUCCUCGUGGACACCAUGCGCGCGCUGGUGCUCGACCGCGGCCAGGACCAGACACCCCCCCCCCUGAACGACCACCAGCUGGUAGAACUGACCGCGAUGAUCCGGGACGUCAUGGAGAUCCACUCCUCGCUGCUCGGCCCCGACCACCCGCGCGCCGGCGACCUCCGCUUCGUCCUCGGCCUCUGCAUGCUCCACGCGGGGCAGGAGGAGGAGGCCAAGCUGGAACUGACAGCGGCACGGGAGGUGUUUUCCACCGCGGGGGAGGAGGAGCCGCUCGCGGUCGUCGACGAGGCGCUCUCGCUGUGCGGCGUGUGA